ACGCCGCUUGUGUUUUAGUUUCCAAGUUCGCUGCGAUGGAGUCAAAGGCGGAGCAAAAACAAUCAAAAAUCGAUAAAAAGAAACAAUCUAAAUUUUGUGCCGGUCGAGAAACUUUCGAAAGAAUGAACUAUCUCUACCAAGCCGCCAUGCUGAUGUCGGACAAAAAUCCUCACCUUUCGGCAUACUAUGGAAAGUUAACGAAAUCGAUUGGCAAAAAGGCGGUUCUGCGGAUGGAACCUGCGAUAAAGCGUACUCUAUGCGUUCGGUGUAGUGUGCUAUUAAAUCCGGGCUAUACAGCUGAUGUCACCGAAUAUGCACGAAAGAAACUCCGCUACCUGCAAGUGGAUUGCCAGCAUUGUGGAUAUUCCAGACGGUUUUAUAACCAAAAAAAUCAUGACCUAUGGCUGGAAAACCCGGAGUCAGUUGUAGAAACCAUGCGCUUCGAAUAGAAUCUUCAAUGUUCUGUCCCAUGAUUUAUUUGUGAUAUGCAACUAGUGCACCAGGUUAUGAAAUGAUGGUUUUUACAAAAAUAAAUGAUCCAUUUAUUGAGCUACUAUUUUCAAUAACUUAUACACGAACAAACAGUGUUACACUUUAUACAAUCAAAUGUUACAUUAGCGUAGCUUAUUUGAGAUAUAUAAAGUAUGGCACUUCUAGCACUCAUCGGCUAGAUUAUUGCUGGUUUUGAUUACGAUUCUAUGUUACGUUUGGAACCACCCGAACAUGCAUUGACGAACAGAUGCCGCCACACUGAUACAUGGUUUUAACAUCAGGCACCAAUCUUUCUCCGUCCAAUAGUAACUUUGGCUCACAGGGGGCAAUCGCCUUGGAAGACCACCUAGCUAAUUCUUUCAAACUUCCGUUCCGCGUACUAUAGUGGAGCUGGUUCCCUUUAGAUGCCCUUCGUUCGCGUGCCAAGGGAAUAGCCUGGGUAGAU